AUGUCAGACUCACGGAAAAUCUCAUUGGCUGAAAAGGACCAAUUGAUAUCAUCUCUGCGCGCGCAUAGAAUCAAUACGCUGCUUGAACUCAGACGCAUCGAGAAGGCUUUCGCUCUACUUGGCUCGCCAGAUGUUACUGAACCCAUGACAUCUGCCUGGUCCUACUACGUCAACUCCCAUAAUUUGCUCACAGAACUGCGAGCACUUACGAAAAACUAUCCUUUCAGUGCCGAAGUUUUGGAGGAGGCAAAGCGCCGGGUGUACUCCGAUCCCAAUAGUAAUCGUAGUUGGAACUUUUGCUGGUUGGUGCUGAGCAAGGUGCAGACCGAUGGACUGAUUCCAUAUUACGCCCAAUAUCAGGCCUCACAACCCACGAUGUGGGGCAAUCGGCAACCGACCUCAGAAGGCGUUACGCAACUCACAAAUGCUUUUGUGGCGGAAUGGAACUGGGCGCUCGGACAGAUGCUCCGCAACUGGGAGCAGCCUCCUAGCAGAUAGGCGGCUUCAUUGACCUUCAAUCACGACCACCCCUGGAGAGCACGCACUUCCACCGCGCGCAUCUCUGCUCCACCCAUCUUGAUGAUGGUCACUCAGUCCUUUCCCCAUCUUCGGCCGUUUCAUUGCCGUUUAAAAAGUCUUUCUAUCGCUUCCCGCAUCUCGCGUCAAGAGCAGCAGUUCUAUUUAUUACGGCUUAGCGUUCUUCCUUCAUUUUGCAAGCGCUGCAUACGCGAUACCCCCGACCUUGCAACAUUUUCUUCGACGGUUUCUUCCUAGGAUACCAUUGGACUUUUUCGAUUUCAGGCGCUCAGUUGACACUGGCCGUUCAACUCUGCAAUGUUUCCAGUACUCCGUGUGUAGUGCUGGUCUACACUCUCGUUGCAAUUGUGGUUUCAUUUCUUUUCACAUCUAUACAGUUUGGAUCAUCCUCUAUGUAUUUUCUACCUUUUUGUUAGCCUUAGAUUUCAAUCAACAGAAACGUUCGCUCCACCCG